AUGGUUGGUAAAGUUAUUAUUGUCACAGGUGUCUCCAGAGGUAUCGGUAGAUCCAUUGUUGAGACCAUCUUCAAAUUGGCUCCAGAAACCGUUGUUUACGGUAUCGCUAGAUCUGAAGCUCCUUUGAAAGAAUUGAAGGAGAUUUAUGGUGAUAAAUUCUUCUAUGUAGUUGGUGAUAUCACUGAUGAAUCUAAAUUACAACAGUUGACUGAUGAUGCCAUUGCUGGUCACGGUAAGAUUGAUUCCGUGGUUGCUAACGCUGGUGUUUUAGAACCGGUGGCUAGAAUUCAUGAUGCUGAUAUCUCUAAUUGGAAGAAGCUUUAUGAUAUUAACUUCUUUAGUAUUGUCUCUCUAGUGAAGACCACUUUACCAUAUGUAUCAAAGGCUAAUGGUAAUUAUGUAUUUGUGUCUUCUGAUGCUAGUACUAUGUACUUCAGUAACUGGGGUGCCUACGGCUCCAGUAAAGCUGCUUUGAACCAUUUGGCUUUAACCAUUGCUAAUGAAGAGAAAGCUAUUAAAUGUUUGGCUGUUGCUCCAGGUAUUGUUGAUACCUCUAUGCAAGUUAACAUUAGAGAAAAUGUCGGUGCUAAUAUGUCAAAGGAACAUCAUGAAAUGUUUAAGGAUCUAAAGGCCUCAAACAAAUUGCUGCACUCAAAUGUCCCUGCUACUGUUUACUCUAAAUUGGCUCUAAAUGGUAUUCCAGAGGCUAUUAAUGGUACAUAUAUCAGUUUUGAUGCUCCUGAACUAAAGGAUUAUCAAAUGUAA